AUGGACCCUCCCAGGAGCAGCGGCACCCCAGGGGUCCUCUUAGGGGCGGUGGCGCGCCCAGCGGCCCUGCCAAGAGCAGCCGUGCCCCCAGGGGCCCUCCUUAGGGGUGGCGCCAUCCCCAGGGGCCCUGACAGGGGCGGCGGAGACCUUUCCAGGCACGGCGCGAGCCUUGUCAGGGGCCCUCACAAAAGCGGCGGUGCUUCCAGGGGCCUUCCUGAGGGUUGCGACGCCCCCAGGUGCCCUCCCAGGUGCGGAGGCACCACUACGGGUCCUCACAGGGACGACGGGCCUCUGGGAUCGCCACUGCCCUUGGGAGGGCUUUUGGGGGCGUCGCCAGCCCUGGGAGGGCCCCUAAGAGCGCCGUUGUCCCUGGGAGGGUCCCUUGGGGCGGCACCGCUCCUGGGAGGGCUAUUGGAGGCGUCGCUGCCUCUGGGAGGGCCCCUAAGGUUGCCACCGUCUCUUGGAGGGCCUCCGCUGUCCCUGAGAGGACCCCUGGGUGCUCUGCCACCCAUUGAAAGGCCCAGAAGGGCGCCGUGGCCCUUGGGAGGGUCCCUAGAACUGCCGCCGCUCCUGGAAGAAUCCCUGGGAGGGCCACUGGGGGCGCCACGGCCUCUGAAAGGGGCCUUGAGGAAGCCACUGCCCAUAGGACGUCACCUGGGGGUGCCGCUGUCCCUGAGAUGGCCCCAGUAG